AUGGUGGACAUGGAAAUGAAAAAUCAAACAGAAAUUGAAGAAUUCAUCCUUCUGGGAUUUGAAGAUCUCCAAAAUCUGCAGAUUCCCAUCUUUCUGAUCUUCCUAUUAAUCUACAUUUUGACUAUGGCUGGGAACCUUCUAGUAGUUGUACUUAUUGUGACUGAUCAACAUCUUCACAGCCCUAUGUAUUUCUUCUUAGGAAAUUUGUCUUGCCUGGAAGUUUGUUACAGUUCAACAAUCCUGCCCAGAAUGCUGGCCAGUUUCCUAUCUAGUGAUAAAGUCGUUUUCAAGAGUAUCUGCCUCUUGCAAUCUUUCUUCUUUGGUGGCUUGGCUGGCACAGAAUGUUAUCUUUUAUCUAUAAUGUCUUAUGAUCGUUUUUUGGCAAUAUGCAAACCCCUGCAUUAUGUCAUACACAUGAAUGGCAAGCUCUGUCGACAUCUGGCAUAUGUCUCCUGGUUAAAUGGUUUUAUUGCCAGUUCCAUGUUGGUAUUGCUUAUGUCACAGCUAAUUUUCUGUGGUCCAAAUGUAAUCAAUCACUUUUUUUGUGAUAUCGUUCAAAUUCUAAGACUCUCUUGUAGUGACAUACAACUUGUUUCCAUGCUGCUAUUACUUUUUUCUGCUGCAUUUACUCUUCCUCCUUUUGUCCUGACAGUGACUUCUUAUUUCUGUAUCAUUUCUAAAAUCUUGAGAAUUUCCUCUGCAACAGGGAGGCAGAAGACUUUCUCCACCUGUUCGUCUCAUCUCAUUGUAGUGACAAUUUUCUAUGGAAGUCUCAUGACUGUAUACAUGCUACCUGAAACGAGUGAGCUGAUUGAGUUAAACAAAUCUUUCUCUGUCUCCUACACAAUUUUGACACCUUUGGUAAACCCACUAAUCUAUAGCCUAAGAAACCAAGAGGUCAAAGAAGCCCUGAGAAGAGUCAUUUGUAAGUAUUUCACAAGACAUUGA